CGCAAAUUUUGCAGGCUGCUGAGAAGAAGAUUGUAGCAUAUCACGAGGCAGGGCAUGCCAUAUCGGGCUGGUUUCUUGAACAUGCGAAUCCUCUCAUGAAAGUGUCGAUAAUCCCCCGAGGAAAGGGUCUCGGCUAUGCACAGUACUUUCCGAAGGACGAAUAUUUGCAAUCCCGAGACCAGUUGUUGGACAGAAUGUGCAUGCUGUUGGGGGGAAGGGUGUCAGAACAAAUUCAUUUUGGGCGAGUGACCACUGGGGCUCUCGACGACCUCCAGCAAGUCACCAAAUUGGCCUAUUCCCAAAUUUGCAUGUUUGGGAUGAGUGACCGAGUUGGCAAUGUGUCCUUCGUCGUGGAUAACCAAGCUGUCAAUAAACCGUUUAGUGAGGAAACAGGCAAGAUCAUUGAUGAGGAGGUUCGGUCGCUGAUUCAGUCCGCCUACGACCGGACAUAUUCACUACUUGAGAAGCACGGGGAGAGUGUGAUUAAGGUUUUUUCUGUCCUUUAUUUUGAGGUGGCUGAGAAGUUGAUAGAGCAGGAAGUUUUGACCAAGAAGGACUUGACUGAUUUGAUCGGCAAACGACCGUUUCCAGAGCAGUCGACUUAUGAAGAAUUUGUAGAAGGGACAGGUCUGGAUUGUUUUGUUAGUUCGAGGGUCGUUUGAGGAAAAUGAGGAAUUGCCUCUUGGACUUAAAGACUGGAACAAG